GCCGAGAAACUUCGCUCCCUCUUCAAAGAAUCCCCUCCCUCCCCCACGGUCGUUCACUUCCCCUCGUGCGCGAGGCUCUCAUCGCCGGUCGCUGAUACUGUCACAACUCACGUAAGGUCUGCCUCCUUGCCUUGCCGCAAGAAUUGCCUGCUGACCGCACCGUUGCGCAGCACCGCAGAAUUGCGUGUGCACCCCAAUUCAUAGCUCCUGGCCACAGACUACUGACGACCGACCACGAAGCUCCUCUCCAGUUCCAUCAUCACACUCGUUGUCUGUCUCUCGUUUCAUGCCGUGUUCCCUCUGCGUCGUUCGGUCGUUCAGAAAUCCAGUUCCGGGGUGUCUCGGCACCUCCUGCUAAGAAGAAAAAAGGCGAGCCCACUAGCGCUGCGUGCGGCUGGCGCGAGUGCUUAGUGCUUGCGCUGCUGCUGCUGCUACCGCUACCGCUGCUAUCAGGGUGAUCUGCCCAGCUUGCCAGGACCCAGGGGCCUCACUCAUUUCUCUCUCCCACCACCAGUUCUACGCCGCAGUGCCCGCGAGUUACGAAUAUUGACAAACGCACCGUAACCGCUUGUCCUUGACCGAGUUGGAACGUCGUGCAAGUCUUUUAGAUGCGUAGGCGAUCAACUGGAUCCGCCGCAGAGGAAGAAGGCGACGAUUCCAGCCUCUCGAAUGCAGCCGACCUGACCUUGCCUUUGGAGGCAGCAGGGGGGGGUUCCAAUUACGAAGAUAGAGAUACACUCAGUAAGAGAGAAUCCAGGAAUCCUCGAUCCACCGCACGACAGGCCAGGACGCACGACAUACACGAACUCGACCGCCGGAAAAGCAUCGAUCAUCGACCCUCCGCAGCGGCUCUCAGCCGACGCCCAAGCAACAUCAAUUGGAAGCCGGCAGACUCGCGAAAUGGGCAAUUAGAUAGGAGUCGACAUACAGAAGCUUCCAACAUCACCGUAUCUGCGGGAGGCGACAUUUCCCCCAACAAGAUGCCCGAUGCACGAGAGACCUCCCGUCGUCCGAGACUACGAAGUCCCUGGUCAUGUUCCCUCGUCACUCUCGUUACCACCAUCUUUGCGCUCCUCACCUUGGGUUCGAUAAUACAUUCGUUUUCAGACCUGCAACUGGAUUCCAAGGGGUGUCGAAUGUCAUAUAUGCGGCCGUCUUUCGCAAAGCUGUCAGACUUUGAUACAGAACAUACCCGUUUCGCGAGUAAAUACUCGGUAUACUUGUACCGAGAAGGAAUGGUGGAUGAAGAUACCAAGGUAUGGAACAUUGACUUUUGAGGAUACCACAAACUUACUAGAUUUCUUGUAGGUGAAAGGUGUUCCCGUUUUGUUUAUUCCAGGAAAUGCCGGUAGCUACAAGCAGGUUCGGCCUAUUGCAGCCGAGGGAGCAACUUAUUUCCAUGAAGUCUUGAAGCACGACUCUGCUGCAAUCGAUGCUGGCGCACGAAACCUGGAUUUCUUUACUGUGGAUUUCAAUGAGGAUAUAACUGCCUUUCAUGGGCAGACGAUGCUGGACCAGGCGGAAUACUUGAAUGAGGCAGUCGCAUACAUUUUGUCAUUAUAUCAUGACCCGCGCAGGUCUGAGCGAGAUCCCGAUCUUCCUGAUCCUACUUCCGUUAUAAUAUUAGGACAUUCCAUGGGAGGAAUCGUGGCGCGAACGAUGCUGGUAAUGCCAAAUUACCAAGCCAACUCAAUCAACACGAUUAUUACCAUGUCAGCCCCACAUGCGCGACCGCCGGUUUCUUUCGACGCGGAAAUUGUCCGCACAUAUAAACAGAUCAACGAUUAUUGGAGGCAAGCAUACUCACAAAAAUGGGCCAACAACAACCCUCUGUGGCAUGUCACUUUAAUCUCGAUUGCAGGAGGUGGUUUGGACACAGUUGUGCCAUCAGAUUAUGCUAGUUUGGAGUCUUUGGUGCCGGACACUCAUGGCUUUACAGUCUUUACAUCGUCCGUACCAAAUGUGUGGACAUCGAUGGAUCACCAAGCGAUUCUCUGGUGUGAUCAGUUUAGAAAAGUUGUUAUUCGGUCUUUAUAUGAAACCAUUGAUGUUAAUCGACCCGCCCAAACAAAACCCAGGGCGGAAAGAAUGCGAGUUUUCAAGAAGUGGUAUCUGACAGGCAUGGAGAGCGUGGCCGAGAAGACACUUUCGCAAAAGGAACCAACUACACUUCUUACCCUGGAGGAUAACUCGAACUCGAUCAUUCCUCAAGGAGAGCGGCUGACUUUGAGACGGUUUGGAGAAACUCGCAAGCCUCGUGCUCAUCUUCUACCCAUACCCCCACAAGGAACUCCAGGGGGUAAAAGAUUUACCUUGUUGACUGAUCAGACAAUAGACAAACCAGGAGAGUCAGGGAAACUCGAGGUUUUGUUCUGUAGCGUUUUCCCGUUGCAUCCUGGGCAGUCAGCUACGCUAUUCUCAAUGAAUAUGGAUCUCUCUGGGGAUAGUUUUGGAUCAACACGAUUAGCGUGCAAAAACGCUGCGUCCGAUGUCAUCGCACUGCCUGCGUCCACUCGAACAACCAAGAGGCCAUUCUGGCUCGAUGAAGAAGAGGAGCGUAAACCCUUUUCUUACCUACAGUACGACUUGGAGGAUAUUCUGGAUCACCAAUUUGUUGCGAUUGUGGAUAAAGCUGUUGAUCCGACUCCAGGCUGGGUCAUCGCCGAAUUUAGCGACAAUGUACACUCACAUCGUAUUCGUUCACUCGGUCUUCGAAGGCUCCUUGCUGUUGGAAUGAAGAUCAAGCUUCCUGCGGCUCGACCAAUGGUAGCUGAGGUCAAGAUCCCAGCCCUCCAUUCCAGCUUACUGGCAUAUAAGCUUGAAAUGGGCAAUCAGGUUUGCGGAGAAGAAGCAGAAAUUUUCACGCCUUUACUCCGACAAUAUAUUUCGGAUCCUUAUGAAUCCAAAUACUUUGUGAAUGUCAAGCAAGCCAAUAUCAACCUCCAUGGGGUUUCGCCUUUCAUGCCACCCUCGUUGAAGCAUAAGAAUGCCCAUGAUGGCCUGAGUCUACAGUUCUGGACGGAUCCCACUUGCGAAUCAAGUGUAAAGAUAUCGUUGAAGGUUGACAUCCCGGGAAGUUUGGGGAAGCUCUACAUGCGCUACCGAACCGUUUUUGCCGCGUUUCCUCUACUUGUAGUUGCUUUGGUUUUACGAAAGCAGUUCAGAGUUUAUGACGACACUGGGAUUUUUAUGUCCUUCACUGAAAGUCUAGAUUUGUGUUUACGCCAAUCUCUGCCCUUGGUGCUGGCAGCUCUGACCUGUCUCUCUGUCUCACUUGCGCAAACGAGCUCUGCUCCCCCUAAACCAGCAUCAAGUGGAUUUUGGAGUUGGGGAGGCAAUACUACCGAAUCUCAAAUCGAUUACACCAAGAAUGACCUGUUGGUUGGCUCACAGGACCCAUUCUUCUGGUUCAUGGUUCCGUUGAUAGGGUUUGUAUGCGUGGGAGUAGUUGUGGCCGUCAACUACGCAACACUUACCAUCACGCACAUCUUUAGUGUUGCUUAUGGGUGGUUGAGCGCUCGGCCCGCAUGGAUCCGGAAUGAGGACAAGAGACGAGCAGUGUCACCAGCCUUCGCACCGUCAACCCCACGGAGACGCUUCUUGACUACUGGCAUUCUGCUAUUCUUGGUCUCUACCGUCAUCCCAUAUCAAUUCGCUUAUCUUGUCGCCUGCCUUGUACAGAUUGCAACAUGUUCGCGCGCCCUACGAUUUGCUCGCGAGGCUCGAUCAAACACCAACUAUAAUUUCUACAAUUACGUCCACUCGAUCUUCAUCCUAAUGCUGUGGAUCCUACCGAUAAAUCUCCCAAUUCUCGUAGUGUGGGUGCACAACCUCGCGGUGCAUUGGCUCACUCCAUUCUCUUCCCACCACAACGUCCUUUCUAUCAUGCCGUUCAUAUUACUUGUCGAAACUUUGACUAGUGGGAAGAUGGUUCCUAAGGUCACUUCUCGCCUUCGGCACCUCACCAGCUUCUUCUUCUUUUUCAUCGCCAUAUAUGCCGCUGUAUAUGGAGUCACUUACGCCUACAUGCUUCACUACAUCGUCAACUUGGUAGCAGCAUGGCUGGUUGCCGUUCAUUUCUCCACCUCCUCCUGGUCUUUGGCUGGCCUCAGCAGCGUCUUUGAACCAGAGAACAACGAGAAUACAAGAAAACGAGGAAAGACACCAUGAAGAACACUUUGAGCUGUCAAAACUUGUUACGGCCCUCAUUCAUAUACAUGAUUUCAAUGAUCCAACGCAUAUCAUCGACCCCCAACUCCCGUAUCGAAUUGUGGGGGAUCUUCAAUACCAAGUUUCAAUGCUGCCUCUAGACUCGCUUGGUUUUUUCGGUAUUAUCGUUUUCAUUCGAUGGCGUUUUCCCCUCGAAUCCGAGCAUCUGCAUAAUCAGUUUUGCGUUUUUAGAUCUCCGCGUUGCAGACCAUUUUGGCUGUAUGCUGUACAUAGGGAUUUGGAUCCAAGGGAUUUCUUUUUACGUUCUGCAUGCAUUGCAUAGGCAACCGCGCGUUGGAAGGUAUCUUGGUCAUUAUUACCCGUCCUUUUUAUUUUCUUGCGCGUUGCAUUAUCGCUGAGAGAAGAAUCAGCGGAAAGUUUCUUUAUUUAUAUACCUCCCCGUCAUUAAUUGAUGGCCAGCGAUGGGGAUAGCGAAGGGUUGGUGGAAUUGUAUAAAGUGAUAUGAGAUGAGCCCUCAUGCGCCAAGCGGGGUAGAAUAGGAUUCUGUUGUUGUUUGGGCGUUUCCAGGGACUGUAGUUUUUUCUUAGCUAGGGCUGGGAAAGGAAGGGAGAGGAAGAGCUGUUGUAAUACUGGAUUGGAGGGGUAUAGCCUGGCUUUCUUUGCCUUGUGGAGAUGUGAGCCCUCUACGUGAAGCGUGAGGGUGGGAUUAAUAUGGUCUUUGGGGGGGGGUGCAGGUAGGGGAAAGAAAGGGCCUGGGCUUGAAUAUAGAAACCCUUGAGGUUAAUAAU